AUGGUCCUCCACAACCCCAACAAUUGGCACUGGGUUAACAAGGACGCCUCUGGCUGGGCCAAAGAUUACUUGCAGAAGAACCUGACUGUCAUCAGUGCUGAGGAAGGGGGCGUGUCAGCCAAAGUAGACAAGGUGGUGUCCGUGAAUGGCGACGUAGACGUCAGCCAGCGCAAGGGCAAGGUCAUCACCCUGUACGACGUGAAGCUGUCCCUAGAGUACUCAGGUAAGACCCAGGACGGUGAGGAGGUCACUGGCUCCAUCACUGUCCCCGAGGUAGCCCAUGACACCGAGGAAGAUGAGUAUGUCUUUGAGAUUGAUAUCCACGCCGAUGCCGCCUCCAAGCAACCCGUAAAGGAUCUUGUUCGGUCCAAGAUCACUCCCCAAUUGCGCGUGGCCCUAGCCAAGCUCACCAGUGCUCUCGUCACCGAACACGCCAAGGACCUGCAACACGCUGCCGGCGAAAAUCCCUCCAAGGGCUUCACCCCUGCCCCCGUCUACCCUCAUGCCAAGAAGGAUGCCGCUGCUGCUGCCACCACUACCACCACCUCCACCACCGAGAACGUCGCCGUGAACACCACCACGGUGACCGCGUCCGAUGAGAUGCGCACUACCGCCGAGGAACUCUACAAAACCUUCACUGACCCCCAGCGCAUCACGGCCUUCACCCGCGGUCCUCCCCGCCAAUUCGACGGCGCCAAGGUCGGCGGCAAAUUCGCCAUCUUCGACGGCAACGUCACCGGCGAGUACAUUAAGCUCGACUCACCCAGACAGAUUGUGCAGAAGUGGCGUCUGGCUCAGUGGCCCGCCAACCACUUCAGCACCCUUGAGAUGAACUUCGAUCAGAACGACGUCGACGGCGUCACCCAGCUGCGUGUUUCCUGGUCCGGCGUGCCCGUCGGCCAAGAGGACGUCACCAAGCAGAACUGGGAGCUGUACUACAUUCGCAGCAUCAAGCAAACUUUCGGGUAUGUAUCCAAUCCCUCCUGUUCUGGCCUUUGA